AUGGGGCUUCUCGGGGAUAAUGAUACUCCCAGGAAUGACACGAAAGAUGCCAUUGAACAAGCCCCCAGCGUCGACACAGAGAAACAAAAUGCGGUCCAUCAGGAUGAAGACAACGACACAGCACUGCCUGCAAUGCCUGCACCGGUCAUCACUAUAGACCCGGCUGUCGAGCGUCGAGUUCUGAGGAAACUGGAUCUAAGGGUCCCGACACUUCUGGGGUUCUUGUACCUUUUGUCGCUACUCGACCGCUCCAACAUAGGCAAUGCAUACAUAGCUGGGAUGAAACAAGAUUUACGUCUAAGUGGACAUCGCUAUUCUUGGCUUCUGACCAUUUUCUACAUCUCGUACACGCUGUUCGAGUUUCUAGCCUUGAUGUGGAAGAUUAUACCGCCUCAUCGCUGGGCAGCGAUCACUGUGUUGAGCUGGGGCAUUGUUGCAACUUGUCAAGCUGCGGCACAGAGCUGGGAGGGAAUGAUGGCCCUCCGUUUCCUCCUUGGGAUGGCUGAAGCCGCAUUCGGACCGGGCACACCCUAUCUGUUGUCUUUCUUCUAUCGCCGUCAUGAACUCGGUCUCCGUUGUGGGCUGUUCGUCUCUGCUGCGCCUUUGGCAAAUACGUUUGCAGGGGCCCUGGCGUAUGGAAUCACGUCUGGCCAUUCCAAGUUGGCCAAUUGGCGAUUAUUGUUUCUAGUGGAAGGGGCACCGUCUUUGAUUGCUGCUUUUCUUGCCUGGUUUUUCCUGCCCGAUCACCCAGCGUCUGCCCGUUUCCUGAAUGAAGAAGAAAAAAAGGUUGCACGAGCAAGAGGGCUUCGGAGGAGCGGUGAGGGCGAGCGUGUAACAGGCAUUGACUGGAAGGAUAUUGGCCGUACCCUGCUGGAUGUCAAAGCCUGGUUCACGGCGAUAACCAAGGAUCCGACACCCGACGAGAAAGAUGCGCCUCGAUACGUUCGAGGACAAUCGAUUUGCGCCGCUUUUAUGUUCUUUACUACUAUCCUAGCACUCACUUUGCGGUUUCUUUUGGUCUGGGAAAACAAACGCUUGGACCGGAAAUAUGGCACCAGGAACGAGGAAUCUGCCGGAGGAGGCUCCAAUCGAAACGAUGAUAGCGUGGCAGAGGAGAAUUAUGGAUCUGGAUUCCGCUACGUCUUAUGA